CCAACAUUCUCUUUCUUCCAAUAUGGGUCAAACCUUUUAUGCGCACCUUCCCGGCUGUCGGGAAGGAACUACUAUUCGCCUGCAAAGCUUUAAGCGAGAUAUCGCCACGUUUUCCAGCGCCGAUGAAUUGAUGCACUCGUCCGAAGGAUGGGUAAAGCACUACUGGGAAGAUGGAGGCUGGUAUACUAAGGUGGUCUCGGAUAAAAACCAAGCAUCUCAGUUCGACGUGGAGCAGGGAGAUGGUGGAUUGAUGUUGAAAGAAAGGAGCACAGGGCUUUACCUCUGUAAAUGGGGCGAAUGGGUCCGUCUGCACGAAGACCCAUGGACCAUGGGAUUCCAGCUUCUGGAGGUUACAAAUCAUGAAAUCCAGGAGUCGGGCCAUGAUAACCAUCAGCGUUGGUAUGAGAUCUAUAUCCCGCAAUAUCUUAUGUGGCUCAACGGAGCCAAUUGCUCGGUGUACCGCAAUCGGUAUGGCAACCUCAAUGUCAAGCAGGAUGGGUGGCAUUCUCUUUUCCGGUUCGAACGUGUGCCUGAAGAUGAGCUUGAGGAUUAGUAGAUUGAAAAAGAUGUUCGAGCACGGGUAGGGAGUGCUUGAGCUUAGUGAUUUGACCACUGGCGGACGAUCGGGACCCCCUGCAUGUGUGUGUAUACCUGAAUAAGAACAACCAUUGCAACCGUCAGAAGUCAAACUGCGUUAGGUUAUCGUGAUCAACUCCCGCUCAGUCAAGACGCUAUCAAAGCCUACGUCGUCGUCUCAUACUAUUAUAGCGAGGCCGGCCUGCAGCGCUAGCGAGAAUACCUACCCUUGGCUUCUAGAAUUGAUCCUUGAUGGAAAGGAUAGAAUCUGGAAUACAUCAGUGACAGAAAUUAAUUCAAG